AAGCAGGAGAGGAACAGAUGUUGCUGUCGUAGCCAGACAGCGGCUCGGAGACGCAGCCAGCCGGGGGAUGGUUUCUUCAUUUUUACAUUAUUAUCGAUAAAUCUCAACAAAAUGAAGCUUCCUUACUCAUGACCCGGUGAGGAGUGGGGCGAUGAGAGGGACGUGUCCGAUGCUGCAGUAGAGGAGCAGUGACAUGCUGGCUUGUUUGCCAGCGCCAGGUGACCCCGCCAUCCGACUUCUUCCCCGCACGCAGAUGAACACUGGACCACAGAAAUGGGAAACCACACAGAAGAUGAGAUCUGCCUCCCAUCCGACGCCUGCAGAGUUGGACGCCUAUGCUAAGAAAGUCGCCAACAAACCUCUGACCAUCCAGAUCUUCCCAAACAGCAUCAAAGUUCCUCAGAAGAAGCACGUUCGCCGCACUGUCAACGGGCUCGACACGUCCUCGUCCGGCCAGCGCCACAGUCCCUACCCUCCUCAGGCGGCCUCCAGCGGGGGCCUCCUGGCCGUCCUGCGCGCGCCCCUCAAAGGCCUCAUCAAGCACCCGGACGGCUGCCGGACCCGGCAGCAGCUGAAAGCAGUCAUGAACCCUCAGACCGGGCCGUAUGCCGCUCAAAGCACUUUAAAUCUUCCUCAUCCUCCUCCUCCUCACCUUGGAGGCCUCCCUCAGAAGCAGGGAGCGGUUCAUCCGCAGGCGCUACAGCAGAAUAUGACUCACCCGAUGGCGCUGCAGCACCAUCACCCGCAGGCUUUACAGCAAAGGAGCAUGGCUCAUUCUCAAGCUCUGCAGCAGCAGCAUAGCAUGUCCCGGCUUCAGGGAGCACAAACGCAAAGGUUGGCUCAUCCGCAGGGCGUGCAGCGGCAGCCUCAUCCCCAGGAGGGCCAGUCAUGCUCCUUAGUCAUACCACAGCAGCAUCUCCCUCAUGUGCAGACUCUAAAGCAUCAGGCGGCUCCUCCACAAGCUUUACUGGCACAGCAGGGAGUGACUCAGGACCUGCGCCACGCCUCCGAUGGAGCUCAGCUUCAGGGUCUGCAGGAGCUGGUUGGCCCCCAGGCGGUGCCUAACAGCCUCCAGCAGCCCCCGCCGGGACAGUACGCUCCACGGAAGCUCCCGGACGCAGACGCUCCACCAAAUGUAACUGUAUCUACCUCUACCAUCCCGCUGUCCAUGGCCGCCAGCCUGCACCAGAACCGGCCCGGAGACCUUAGCAGCAUCGUGAACCAGAUCAACCAGCUGUGCCAGGCCCGCGCCGGCACGGGCGCCACCUCCGUCUGCGAGGGUCAGAUAGCCAACCCCAGCCCCAUCAGCCGCAACCAGCUGAUCAGCGCCAGCUCCAGGGUGUCCUCCCAGCAUGCAGCUGUGGGAGGCGUCUCCAGCUGCCUCAUGAUGGGCCACCCUGACAAAGCCGCCGCUCAGACUCCCGGCGCUGUGCUCCACGCGCAGCCCAGUGCAAACGCUAAUAAUAUGGCUUCUUUCCACUCGGAUGGAGAGAAGGCGCAGCAGCAGCAGCAGCUUCAGCAGCACCUGCUGCAGCAACAGAAGCAGCAGCAGCAUUUGCAGCAGCUGCAGCAGCAGCAGCGCUCCUGGGCCCAGCAUCAGCUGGCUCACAUGCAGCAGCCUCCAGAAGGGGCGCACCCCUGCAAAAACCCCAGGAUGGAGCCGCCAGCUGAGUGCGCGUUCCCCUCCCAAAAUCUGAGCUACGCCCACAAGCUGCCCAGCUCCGCACAGGGCUUUCCUCUAAAACAUCCUACUGAUAAACCACUCCCCCCCUCCCCUGCCAGCUGCUCGGUGGGCCCCGUGUCGUACAUCAAUGGCCAUUACAUGCAGCCUUCAUGGAGCAGCGUCCCCACCACAGCAGGGAACAAUGGGAAUAUUCCUCAGGACCUCCCGGUGGGUUUCCAGGGAGACCGCAUCCCGGGAGCCAAAUACCGGCCGGGGAAAGACGGCUUGGCCGGCCAGUCCAAGCUGAUGCAGCAGAGCAUGGAUUUCUUAGGCGAGGGCUUCCAGCUGCCCGCCUUGCAGGAGCAGAACCUCGAUAUGAUGCAUAAGAUGCACAGGUCCGCCUUGGGCCACGUUAAGGAGCCCGGCAACAGCGGGGGUGUCCACAGCCAUCACCCAGGCUACCAUUAAGCUCCGUUAUCAUCGCCCUCUGUUGUUGCUGUUGAGUUUUUUUUCUUAACGGCACUUUGAGCUUCUUAAAUUCAUCGCUGAAGAUCUCGAUCCUUUAGAGCUUCGUUUGAUGGCCCGCCGCUCUGCGACCACGUCCAGCUCCAACCGCCGAGCUUGUGAUGUUCCCUAGUAUUCCUCAGGUCUUACGCCACGUCGUCGCUUUUGUUUCAAACCCAAAAGCCUCUCUGAGCUCGAUCGCCGUCGGCUGCUCUUCGGAUUCAGAUUAAGGCGGGAUUAAGCCUCACGACUGUCUCAGUGCUUCUUAGUUUCCCGACUUUUCUCAGCUAUUGUGGCCUUCCGACUGCCCAGAGGUGAGCGUUUGGAAGUCCUGCUGGUAAAGCUGUUACCUGCAGCUCUUCAUGCGGAAGGGGGAGGAUCCUGUCAGCUUUACGUCUCAGACGGGCGUUCUUAACUAUGUCUGGGAUCUCUGCGGGUUGGGUUCUGUGGGUGGACAUUCUCUGUUCUGUCAGUUUCAUAUAGCUAUUCUCAAAUGUUUUUUUUUUUUUUUUGUCGUCGUUGUAAAUCUGUAGAUCACCCUACUUGAACUGUAGAGAUAACUUUGUAAGAGUUUAGCAUUUGGCACAAGGAGUAGGAACUCCCAUCAGCCCAUAUUUAUCUAAAGUUAAUGUGAACCAGAAGGCAUCCUGUUGUUGGUGGAAUGAUGUGUGUCUGCGUGUGAAAAACAAAGCAAAACUGAUGACUCCAAGUAAUGCAACCAGGAAAAAAAGCUUCUCUUCCCUUCAGCUCCUCUCCUCACUACUUUCCUGCUGUAAUGCAUCCAGGUUGACGCUGCUCUGAGUCACUGGCAUCCAUAUAUUGUUUGUUUGGGGGGGGGUUGGCAUAGGGGAGCCUCAACUAAGGCUUUUUAACCAGUUUUCCGAUGUUCGUAUUUGGCUAACUUCAACUGCUGAUAUGAAAGAGUUUUUAAAACAUGUUCUAUUAGUUUAAAAAUGAGAGGAGAUGUCCGCAGUGUGGAGCAGCAGAUGGACGUAAAAUAGCCCGACUGAUAUUUUAAAACAAAAUGACAGAUUACAUUUUUUUUAACCCCAUGUUAUCCAUUAGCAAAGCAAGCAGGAAUAAAGCGGCUGCUUCCAGAUGUGCAUUUAAAGAUGUUAUGGAGGGAAUUCUUUUGCCAUUAUUGAUGCUAUUAGGAAACGCAUUGAAAUUUGGCCACAACAAAACAACGGCAGUCCAGAAAAAAAAGCUUUGAAAAAACUUUAAACUUUGCUGUUUUCUCAGAUUUUUUUUCUUUUCAAAUGUUAUUAAAAAAAUAAUAAUUUUGACAUAUUUUAAAUAUUUAUUUUGUUUUAUAUAUAAUUUUUUUUAUACAAUUUGCAUUCUUUUUCAAAUUGUGCUUUUGUAGAUAACUCUUUUCUUCACUUCAAGCCCAAUAAUAAAAAUGUUAAUACCCAGGCAGAAAUGCGUCCAUCCUCACCAGAUAUGUGUUAUCUCUGAAAUGCAGUUUGAAAAAGGGCCAUUUCUGAGACUCGAUCUAAAAUAAUCAAAUGUCAAACUAAUGAAAUAAAGAGUAUUUCAAACACAAAUUAUCUAAAAAAAAUCUAAAAAAAACAGCAGUUACUCCUAACAAUUUUGCACCUUUCAUUGCACUUUUUGCAAAUUCAAUUUAAUAAGCUUUUUUAUUUUUUAGCUUUAUUUCCACGAUUACAAAACAUUUUCUUUGCUUUUAACGAUAAUGGCAGAGAAUUCGCUCUAUAUUCUUUGCAUUUCCAGAUCUAGCAUUUUUUAAAUUGCAGACAGGUUGAAAGCUUUGAACGAUGAGCGGCUUUGCUGUUCUUUGUUCUGCCUUCCUGUUUUCCUCUCCGACUCUGACUCUCGCUCUCUGACGGUCCCUCGUUUCCUGAAUCGUCUGCAGAGAUCAGUCACCUGACUCCACAAGCAGUUGAUUUUUCGCCUCAACAUCAUACUUUAAAUUGGAGCUCAAUACUCUCUAAGAUAAGCAGUUCAUUGUGUUGAGGAUUAUGUAUUUUUGCCAUCCUUCUCAUAAUAUAACUGGAUUAAAACAAGUUAGCGAUAGCAGUUUAGCUAGUCGGACCGUCUCCUCUGCUGCCGGUCUGCAGUUGGCUGAUAAACAGACGUGUCGGCAUCAUCUCCCUGUUUUGGUUUUAAAGGGCUUCACCUAAAUCAGACUGCUGCUUUCUCAGCCAGAACUUUCUCCAAACAUCGAGUUCUGCUUUCAUGUCCGUUAAAACUAAUUUAUGCCUCUUUAGGGUCAACCACAGCGCUCCUUCCAGAUGUAGACGGCUUUCUUUACUGCCUUGCUGGAAGAAGCUGAAUUCUCACCAUAAUAAUAAUGGAUCCUUGUUGCUCCUGAGAUACAAAAAUGAUCCGGGAACAGAGCAGCCUUGCGGUUUUUCUGCGCCUUUAUGGAAGCAGUUUUUUUUUUUGUGAAUCCGCUCGAAUUCACUAAAAAAUCUUGGUUUUCACGCUUAUGUCCAAAACAAAGUUAACUUUCUGGGAAAAGUGAAGUAGCUUUCUUUAAGCAAGCUGACUGGCAGUACCAAGCAACAGGUGGGGGAGGGGCGAUUCUUCACUCCAUUCAGUGAGAGAGACCUGCACUUGUGCAACUAACGGACGAGUUGGAUGCAGGGAUAUUUCAUCCUAAAAGCCUUAAUUAGAACAGCUUCAUUCCAGUCAGACUGUUUUAGCUGAGCUCCGCUUUCUGGGUCGCAGUUCUGCCUUUAUUCUGACCGACUUGUACGACUCAUUACUGGCCUGGACUCUCUGGUCUGACUAGAUCAUGUCGCCUUCGGUGAAAUCAUCCCAGUUAGGAAGCUCAAGCAGACUGAUAGAUCAGCCAUCCCAGAUGUUGUGUUUUUGUUUUAGCUUUUAGUAAAAACCAGAUAGGUGUACAGAGCUCAGCUGUAGCAGAAGUUUUAAAAAAUUAUAUUUUAUUUCAGUUAAGAUCCUGAAUUGAUUUUAUUUUUAUUUUUGCUGAACAGUUUUGUCCUAAAGCCAUACUUGUUUUAUCCUCCAGGGGGAGGCACUUGAGACGCGUAAAACUAGAAGGAAAUCAGACUGUUAAACUCUGAGGGCUCAUAGGAGGUCUCCACCUCAGCUUUGACCGGAGGUCUUUCAGAUCUGAAAAGUCAAAGGCAUCAUUUUUAUUUAUUUUUUUUUUGUAUCGCUCCUUCACCUGUUUAACUCCUGCAAGCACACUAGUUAAAAACAGUUAUUCACUAGAAUUAUUGGAGGUUUUUUUCAUGACUUUGAUUUAUGGUGGUUCUGAGCCCCAUGUGGACCACUGAGGGAGUAACUUCCUGCUUUAUAAGAGCCAUAUGAUCACAUUUCCUGAUCAAGAAGACAUCAAGCAGGUCAUAGAAAUUCUCUGCAAAUCAAAUCAGUAGGAAAUCCCCAGAUGGGAGGCAGUGAAGGAGCCAAACAGCCUGCAGCCGAGGUCGCUUUUGGGUCUUCAAAUUUGACGGUACUUAAUUUCUGUUCCCCUGGGCUUCAUAUGUGAUGUGCCUGUCCCUGAAAGCUGCUAUUGAAUUUAAUCAUCACACUAAUCUGAUAUGUGUGUCUGUAAAUAGUAACAGUACAUGGGGCGCAUCAGAGGAAAAACACUUCCAGCUGAGGGCAACGUUUCCACCAGGCUGUUUAUUAAACCAGUUUAUUCAACAUUAUUCUAAAAAUAGUUGAUCAGAAUUAAAAUUUUUAGACCCUUUCAAGCCGUUUUUGGAUUUUUGAACAGCCAAUCAAAUGAGUAGAAAACACUAAACUGUCGGACAGAGCCAUCUCUGGUUCUGGUGCAACCCAUUGAAGUCAGGUUCUACAGUUUCAUAUGAAGUGCCUCCACUGGGCUUAUGGUGGACAAGUGUGAGUGAGUGUGUGUGUGUGUAGAGUGUGCUAACCUGCGCACAGGUGUGCACAAAGUGAAUCUCUAAUGUGUGUAUGUGGGGGAGCGGGAGCUACUAAUUCUAACUACUGAUACUGUGUGAUGGACCGAAGUCCUGAAGCGUGCCACGACACUGUGGGGGACGCUGUGUCUACCGUUUGCUGCUGACUCACUGACCAAAGUGACCAGGUGUCCCUCUGAGCCGGCCGGCCACGCCUAGCGGCUAGCGCCUGCUAACAACAAUCAGAAACAAUCUGGUGACGUUAGGGAGAGCUGCUGCCUUUGUUCUGUUGCUUUAGGAGAAUCUUGUGAAGAAAAAAAAAAAAGAUGUGAAGAGAGCAAACGAGAAUCUAGAGAGAACGUUUGGUUUUGGUGGUUUUUAACCAGAGCAGUGGUGGUUCUUGGUGAAUACCCAGGGCUAUAUUUUAAGGGGUUGUGCACAAGUGUCACAUUGUUGAGGUGUUUUAUUCUGCUCGAAUCAAUUCUGGAUGAUUUCCUUCAUUAAUUGGUUGAGGUGGAAACAUUUAUGGGGGACUUGCCCAGGGGGAUAUCCAUGCAAGAACCGCCACUGGACCACGGCUUUGUGAUUCAUGGUUCCACUUCAAAUCCAGAAGAAGCUCAGUAUACGUCUGUUUGCACUGUAAGAAUCAUCUACUGAAGCACAUUAAAGUGAACUGGGCUGAAGCAGCGCAGCAGUCACUCUAGAUUUCCCAUUGCUUUUAUCCAGUUUAGAUUAGAAGAAGCAACCGUGCUCUGGCCGCAGCUGGAGGGGGCUUUCUUGCUGUGUGAAAAUGUGAUAUUCCAGUUUUGCCUAACCUUCAGGAAUUCAGACGUCUUGCACAAACAUUCCCCCUAACCAAAAUAAAGUUUGCAAACACACAGCUGUUUUUGUC